AUGUCAAAUAAAUGCGUAAUCGAAGAGAUUGUACCAAGACAACAAAAAGGAGUUGAACGACUACAGGUAUACUUGGCAGCUAAAAAGUUUACUCUCAAAGGACAAGAUAAACCAGUCACUCUAAACAAAACGAGUAUCGUCAAACUCAUCACUCAAGGACAGAUAUCAAUCAACGAUAAAGUUGUUCAAGAAAAGAAUGCAAAGAUUAGAGCAAAUGAUCGAAUAUUGAUAACCUUGCCUACUUCUACUACCUCUACUACAUCCUCUUCAAACAACAGUGAAAGUGGUCAACAAUCAACUACUACUACAGUCAUUGGAAAAGAGAUUAAUUUAGUAGCAACUAAAAUAGAUUUGAAUAUACUAUUUGAAGAUGAGUAUAUUGUUGUUAUUAAUAAGCCGGCUGGUAUGAUUGUUCAUCCACCUCCACCAUCACCAAAUCAUCCAUUGAAUGAAGAGAAUCAAACGAGAACACUUGUCAAUGCAUUGUUGUAUCGAUACGGUGCAAAGGGAUUAUCGAUUGUUGGUGGUGUCGAUAGACCGGGUAUCGUACAUCGUCUCGACAAGGAUACUGCAGGUAUACUGAUCGUUGCAAAGAAUGAUUCAGUUCAUGAAAUGGUCAAAAAGAUGUUACAGGAUCACACAUCAACGACGAUUAAAGGAUCGAUGAGUGCCAAGGCCAACAACAACAACAACAAACCAACCACCAUUCAAAAAACAUAUUAUUGUUUGGUGACUGGUAAACCAAAGGAAUCACAUGGAAUCAUCAACAAGGCCAUUUCAAGACAUCCAAUGGACAGAAACAAAAUGGUUAUCGAUGAAUCAAAAGGAAAGGAAUCAAUCACAGAAUACAAAGUAAUCAAAAGUUGGGAUAAAAUCGAUUUGGAAAUCAUCAAACCAAAGAAGAGUAAUGAAGCAAAGGAUUAUGAUAAUAGUGAAUAUGAUAUAAUAUCAAAGAAAAUUAAUAAUAACAAAAAGAAACCAACCAAUAAUAAUAAGAAUCAAAAUAAUAGUAAAUUUAUAAUAGAUAGUGAUAGUGACGAGAAUGAAGAUGAUUCCGAGGAAGAAGAUGAAUCUGAAGAAGAAGAAGAAGAAGUACCAGUUAAAUCAACUAAAAAACAACAACCAAAAAGUAAAUUUAUUAUUAUCGAUAGUGAUGAAGAUGAGGACGAAGAUGAAGAUGAAGAUGAUGACGAUGAUGAAGAAGAGGAAUCAGAGGAAGACGAUUCAGAUAAUUCAGAUGAUUCAGACGAUUCAGAUGAAGAAACAAAAUAUGUUGGUAAAAAGAUUGGAGCAAGAAAUUAUACAUUGAUGGAGAUUACUUUACAUACUGGUAGACAACAUCAAAUUAGAGUUCAUAUGACCAGUGAAGGUCUACCUAUUGUUGGUGACCCAAUCUAUUCUGGAAAAUCAAAUCAAUUUAUGGUUCCUUAUUUAUUAUUGGCAUCUGUAGCAUUACGAUUCCAACAUCCAAUCACCAAACAACAAAUGGAAUUUACAAUUCCAAAUCCACCUCAUUUACAAUCAUUUAUCGAUCAACUUGAUAAAGAACAAUUAAAACAAUAUCCAAAUAUCCAAAAAAAUAAUAAUAUUAAUAGUUUUGUAAAUAAUAAUAAUAAUAAUGAUAAUGGACAAAAAUCAACACCUACAAUUACCAAACAACAAUUAACAAAAAAAGAAGAAGAAGAGUUGGCCUUGGAUAUGGAAUUUUUGGGGAUUGUCCUAUUGUUGUUGGCGGACAUCACAUUAAAGACAAACAACAACAACAAACAUCAUUCAGCAACAUCGACGACAUACUCACAAUAUGCAUCAUCACCAACAACAACAACAACAACAGCAACACCUGUAACAUCACAUUUGUUGGUUAUUCACCAUCAUCCAUCAUCAUCAGUUUACUUUAAUUUUUUAAUAUUUUAA